UGUGCAGUCCAAAUGUGUGGUGUGUAGGGAGGUUCUGAAAGAUCCAGUCUCUAUAACCUGUGGACACCGUUUCUGCAGACAAUGCAUUAUCUGUUUCUGGGAGAAAUUGAGAUGAGCAGAAUACUUUAAUUGUCCUUAUUGCAGAAAGAGAUCUAGAACACAUUCUGCUCUACAAAAAGUCAUGGGAGCAUCCAGUUCUGCUGACUCUAAUACACAAAAAGCCCUACGGGAGGAGACUGGAGACCUGCAGAAAGCAGUAGAUGAUAAACUUCAGAGAGUCAAAGACAAGCACAAAACCAGAAUGAAGAACAAGUACGAGAGUUUAUUUGAGGGAAUGAAACUCCAAGAGAAUGAAACUCUCCUCAACAGGAUCUACACACAGCUUUACAUCAUAGAAGGAGAGCGUGAUGGAGUGAAUGAAGAACAUGAGGUUUUACAGAUGGAGAAAACAGCCAGAACACAACUCACACAAGACACUUCCAUCUACUGCAAUGACAUCUUUAAAGCCUCACCUGAACCCGGAUGUGAGGAGAAAGACCAAAUCAAGACUGUUCUUACUAAAGGCAUCGCUGGAAUCGGAAAAACCAUCUCUGUGCAGAAGUUCAUUCUGGACUGGGCCGAGGGAAAAGCCAAUCAGGAUGUAGAUUUCAUGUUUUUGCUUCCAUUUCGAGAGCUGAACUUGAUUCAAGAUCAUCAAUAUAGUCUUCAGAGACUUCUGCUGGACUUUCAUCCUGAACUUCAAGAUCUGGACUCAAAGACUAAUGAGGAGUGUAAAAUUGUGUUUAUCUUUGAUGGUUUGGAUGAAAGCAGAAUCACACUGAUGUUUGCAGACACUCAGAAAGUUUGUGAUGUGACUGAGACUUCAUCAGUGGCUGUGUUGAUGUCAAACAUCAUGCAAGGAGAGCUGCUUCCCUCUGCUCUCAUCUGGAUCACUUCCAGACCAGCAGCAGCCAAUCAGAUCCCCUCCAAAUACAUUAACCGUCUGACAGAAAUUCAGGGAUUCAAUGAGCCUCAGAAGGAGGAAUAUUUCAGGAAGAGAAUCAGUGACCAGCAUCAAGCCAAUAUGAUAAUCUCACACAUUAGAAGAGCAAGAAGCCUCCACAUCAUGUGCCACAUCCCCGUCUUCUGCUGGAUCUCUUCAACUGUGCUUCAGAAGCUCCUGAAAGAAGAUCUGAGUGCAGAAAUCCCCCAAACUCUGACUGAAAUGUACAUCCACUUUCUGCUGAUUCAGAUCAACAUGAGGAACCAGAAGUAUGAAGAGAGAGAUCCAGAGAAACUCCUGCAGUCCAACAGAGAAAUGAUUGUGAAACUUGCCGAAGUGGCUUUCAAACAGCUGAUGAAGGGCAAUGUGAUGUUCUAUGAGGAGGACCUGAGUGAGAGCGGUAUAGACGUCACUGCUGCCUCAGUGUAUUCUGGGAUUUGCACUGAGAUCUUCAAGGAGGAGUCUGUGAUGCAUCAGAGGAAAGUGUACAGCUUCAUUCAUCUGAGCAUUCAGGAGUUUCUUGCUGCUUUUCAUGUGUUUUACUGCUACCUAAGCUGUACAAUGGAGACCCUUAAGGUUUUUGAUUCAAUGCAUUAUCUUCAUAAAGGAGCAAUAGAUAAAGCCAUUGUGAGUGAGAAUGGACAUCUGGAUCUGUUCCUGCGGUUCCUGCUGGGCAUCUCACUGGAGUCCAAUCAGAGACUCUUACAGGAUCUACUGACACACACAGAGAACAGCUCAGAGAGCAUCAGGAGAACCACACAGUACAUUAAAGAGAAGAUCAGAGAUGGACAUGGACUCUCCACUGAAAGAUCCAUCAAUCUGUUCCUCUGCCUGCUGGAAGUGAAAGAUCAGAGUCUGUCCAGAGAGAUUCAGGAGUUUGUGAAAUCAGACAAACACUCAGAGAAGAAGCUCUCUCCUGCUCAAUGCUCAACAAUUGCCUACAUGCUUCAGAUGUCAGAGGAGCCGCUGGAUGAGUUUGAUCUGAAGAGAUACAACACAUCAGAUGAGGGUAGAAAAAGAUUGAUACCAGCUGCGAGCAACUGCACAAAAGCUCUAUUCGCUGACUGUAGAUUCACUGCUCAGUAUUGUGAGAGUUUAUCAUCAGCUCUUGAGUUCUCAAACAAUGCCCUGAGAGAGCUGGACCUGACUAAUAAUGACCUGCAGGAUUCAGGAGUGAAGCUGCUCUCUGAUGGAUUGAAGAGUCCAAACUGUCAGCUGCAGAUACUGAGAUUGCCCAGCUGUAAUCUCACUGGUCAGUCCUGUGAAACUGUGUCAUCAGCUCUACAAUCCUCUAACUGUGCCCUGAGAGAGCUGGACUUGAGUAACAAUGACCUGCAGGAUUCAGGAGUGAAGCUGCUCUCUGAUGGACUGAAGAGUCCAAACUGUCAGCUGCAGAUACUGAGGUUGUCUGGCUGUAUGGUGACAGAGGAAGGCUGUGGUUUUGUGUCUUCAGCUCUGAGUUCAAACCCCUCACACCUGAGAGAGCUGGAUCUGAGCUACAAUCACCCAGGACAAUCAGGAGUCCAGCGACUCAGUGACAAACUGAACGAUCCAAACUGCUCACUGCAGACACUCAAUGUGGACCGUGGAGCAGAGUUCAGGAUUACAGCAGGACUACGGAAGUAUGCCUGUGAUCUCACACUUGACCCAAACACAGCACACACUCAAGUCAUCCUAUCUGAGGACAAGAAGAUGGCAAAGCAUGCGAAAGACCAUCAGUCGUAUCCUGAUCAUACAGAGAGAUUUGAAUGUCUUCAGGUUCUCUGUGGAGAGAGUCUGACUGGACGCUGUUACUGGGAGGCUGAAUGGAGCGGGACGGGGACAGAAAUAUCCGUGUCAUAUAAAGGAAUCAGCAGGAAAGGAGGAAGUGACUGUAUGUUUGGAUUCAAUCAAAAGUCUUGGAAUCUGAGUGGCUUUUAUAAACGUUUCAUUGCCUGUCACGAUAAUAACAGCACUGAUAUACCUGCCCUUUCAUUUUCAUCUAAUCGAGUAGGUGUGUAUCUGGACUGGUCUGCUGGUACUCUGUCCUUCUACAGCGUCUCUGACGCACACACACUCACACACAUACACACAUUCAACACCACGUUCACUGAACCCGUCUAUGCUGGGUUUGGGGUUUAUUAUGACUCAUCUGUGACUCUGUGUCACAUGGUACAACAAGGAUGUCAAACAUAAGAAUAUGAAAGAAAAAAAAUAUAUUUACAACAUAUUUAUAACAUUCCUACAAAGGUAUUAGAAGACGACAUUUUCUUACUCCAGCACCCCUGGGGGUCACUUAGUGUUUCAAUGAAACUGUAAUCUUUAAUUAUCGCACGGACAUAAUGUUAUUUUAUGUUAUUUUUCUCAGUUUUGUACAUAAUCUCUCUGAAAAUGCAAGUACUGUACAUGCUGUUUUCUAAAGGAAUUUACAGACAGCCACUGAAUAACUCUGACAGCGAAUCCUCAUUGUCACCUCACAGGGAAAGCAGGUCAGAAAUUAAUGGGGGGUUCUGUUAUUUUGCCUUCAAAAUUCAAGAUGUGGUUGUAAAAAAUGCCACCUUUAUGAGUUCUUGUUUGUAUAUCUAUGUAUAUAUACAGUAUAUGUAUGUAAACCGUUAAGCAAUAUCAAUCGAGCAACAAUGCUGUUUUCCUGAAUAUCAGCACUGCAAAUCUGAUAUUGAUUUUUUAUU